AUGCGCAUAGAAACUCUUGUAGAAGGAAAAAUCCCAGUCAAAGCAUUAAUAGAUACAUCCUCGAAGUUUAAUACUAUUAGCAAGAGGCUGUUCAAUAAACUUAAAUCGAACCACGGAAUACGUCCUAGCUGUGGUCCUGCUGAGUGUCUCUAUGGAGACGUAAUAGGUGAGAUAAAUUACUUAGAUUUACAGUUUUGCUGUAAAGGAGAAUGGCAAAGUUUAGAUGGUACCGAUGCAAUAUACUUCAAAAUUCGUAAGAAUCCAACAUUCGAUCUGGUAUUGGGUCGAGGGUGGUUGUGGGUACAUGAAGUUAAGAUGAACUUUAAAUUAUCUUCUAAAGGAAGCUAUGACCCUCAUGCUAAAAUUGUAAUAGAUGGUAUGAGUAUUCUAGUAAUUGAUGAAGGUAGCAAACCCACAGGUGACUCUUCGAGUCAUAAAGCCAGCUCCUCUAAAAAUAACUUAUCUAAAUCAACGGAAUCUAAACCUGGUCUAGCUCAAGAGGAGAUUAUGAAUAUAAUUAACAAAAUUCUCUUAAAUAUCGAAGAUAGACUCGAAGAGUCAUUGCUUUGCAGGCCCAAAGGGGCAAGUCUAAAGACUCAUAAUAAACAACAAAUAUUUCGCAACAUACCUUCUGCACAUCCACCAUCCAGAAGACUAAAUGAUGAUCUCAGUAGAGAAAUUAAAAGGGCAACCCGAAAUCUGAAAAAACGAUGCACAUGCUCCACGAUACGACCCAAAUUUGAAUCGUUCUCAUUGCCCAUGACAUAUGUUCGAGAUAAAUUAAUUAUCAACCGUACUAACUUCGUUAAAAUAAUUUUUUCUUAA